UGACGGAGCUGCCAAAUAUCACGUGAUUUCGUCAUCGCUUCCCGCGGUUAGGUCCGGCAAGCAGUUUUCAAGUACGGUGCGCAAAUUUGCAUACGAAUUGGCCAGCAGAUAUGGCUGCAAAUAUCCAGAUGUAUGGGAUGCCACCAAGAUGGCUGGAAAGGACUGGCUCACCUCCUUCCUUAAACGCAACAAUACAUUGUCUAUUCGCCGACCUCAAGCCACCAGCAUGUCCCGUUCCACCAGCUUCAAUAAAACAAAUGUGACUGCUUUUUAUAACAACCUGCUGACAGUUCUUGCCCGCUACCUUUUUGAAGCAAAGGACAUUUGGAACGUGGAUGAAACAGGUACCACGACAGUCCAAGUGCCAGAUAAAAUAAUUGCCACCAAGGGGAAGCGCCAGGUCGGUGCAGUGACCUCUGGGGAGAGGGGGACAUUGGUCACCACUGCCCUUGCAGUAAAUGCACAAGGCAAUUGCAUUCCCCCGUACUUCAUCUUUCCCAGGAAGAAGUUCCAGGACCACUUUGUGAGAAAUGGUCCCAUUGGCUCUGCUGGUUCUGCAAAUAGCUCAGGCUGGAUGCAGGAUACAGACUUUCUGGCCUUUCUCCAGCACUUUGCCAGACACACCCGUGUGACCCUGGAAUCGAAGGUGCUUCUCCUCCUCGACAAUCAUUGGUCACACCUUUCUGUGGCAGCAAUUGACUUUUGUCGGUCAAACGGCAUAGUCCUACUAUCGUUCCCACCCCACUGCUCACAUCGUCUCCAGCCACUUGACAGGAACGUCUUUGGUCCACUGAAGCUAUAUAUAUAA